AGCGGGCAGUCAAGUCGGAGGUGUCGGCCGCGGCGAGUGACGAGGACUGCGUGUCGGUGUGUUCGGACGGCAGCGCCGCCCGCGCCAGGGAACAGCUCGCGAUGGCUUGUUCCGUGGUGCUCGAGCGCCUCCGCGGCGACGCCACUGCGAACAGCGGAGGCAAACCAUACAGCUGCGAACUCUGUGGCGAACGUUUUAUAAAUAAGUCUAUUUUAAGGAAUCACUUACAAUAUACCCACUUAUCGUCUGGACCCAAGAGAUAUGCUUGUGAUUCUUGUAGUUUUACGUUUCAAACCAAAUUGCUUGUAAUAGAACACGAGAAAAGCGAACACGGUGUCACAAAUUUCAUGUGUGCUGAUUGUGCGUAUACAACAAGUUCCAAGAAGACUUUGGAGACUCAUUUAAAGAGUCACUCUUUGGAAAAAAACUUCAAUUGUAGUCACUGUAGUUACACAAGUUUGUGUAAAAGUGAUUUACACAAACACAAAACAAUACACUUUGCUGGAAAACCUUUUGAGUGUAGCGACUGUGAUUUCAAAUGCAGAGUUGAAUCAAAUCUGCGACGUCACAAGAAGACACACAAUCGGAGGCAACAGAGAAUACUCACUGGAAAACAGCCUAACAAAUGUAAUUAUUGCGACUACAAGUGCAGUACUAGUUCUAUUUUACAAAGACACGAAAGAAAACAUACUGGCGAGAAGCCAUUUCAUUGUAGCCACUGUGAUUACAAAUGCAGUUGGAAGUCAGACUUACAAAGACACCUGAUGAUACAUACUGGGUCGAAGCCAUUUCAGUGUAGCCACUGUGAUUACAAAUGCAGACAUAAGUCAAACUUACAACAACACCUGAUGAUACAUACUGGAGCGAAGCCAUUUCAGUGUAGCCACUGUGAUUUCAAAUGCAUUCAGAAGUCAAACUUACAAAGACACCUGAUGAUACAUACUGGGGCGAAGCCAUUUCAGUGUAGCCACUGUGAUUACAAAUGCAGAAAUAAGUCAACCUUACAACAACACCUCAUGAUACAUACUGGGGCGAAGCCAUUUCGGUGUAGCCACUGUGAUUACAAAUGCAAUCGGAAGUCACACUUACAAAGACACCUAAUGAUACAUACUGGGGCAAAGCCAUUUCAGUGUAGCCACUGUGAUUACAAAUGCAGACGGAAGUCAUACUUACAAAGACACUUGACGAUACAUACUGGGACGAAGCUAUUUAAAUGUAGCAGUUGCGUAUAUAAGACCAAUCGGAAAGGAGACUUGCUAAAACAUGAGAUGAUACAUACUGACUAAAAGCCUUUUCUUUGUACCCACUGCAACUACAGAAGUGGAUAUAAAUAUGAUUUACAAAGACAUCUUAGAACGAAACAUUCCGGUGAAAAACCCAGAAAUAGUUCCUACAGAACAUGUGUCGGGUGUGGGCUAUGUGGUGUAUGUGUCGUGGCUCCCUUGCACGAUGUGUUCCCGGUGUCGUGCCGGCGUGUGUCGUGCAGGACGAGCGAGUGGCGUGUGUAGUGGCGAGAGGCUGCUUCAGGUUGCGUCUCCACUAGAGAUGUGCGAGGAUGCGUAGCGAGGGAUGUGUUGUUUAAGAACCAAGAAUCACAUCAUUUGUUUUCCUUUCCUCGCUCAGCGUGUAGUGAUUCUAUUGGUUCUUAUAACAAACACAUCCCUCGCUACCGACCUGGACAGUAAGGCUGUGUUCCCACCAGAUUUGAGGAAACGCAUCUGGUGUCCUUACUCAACUACUAAAGAUAUAAUAUGAAAAACUAUAACCUGUUUACGGAUAAUGUGUCAACACUCAAUGCAUAUGGACUUUUUGUUAUUCUGUUAGUAGAUUUGACACAACACAAUAAAUUUUUAAAUUAAUAAAACUAACAUGAAAUAAAACGUUGGUGAUAUUAA